AUGGCGGCGACCUCACCAGCCCCAGCCGAUGCGGAGCGAGAGUACAACCUCAUCUCGCAACUCGAGCUCCGCAUCGCCUCGGCCUCGACGGAUACAAAACUGGAAAGCAUCCUCCUGCGCUUCCUCCCGGCGCUCAUGCUGAAGCUCGCAUCACCUGUACCGAAAAAUCGAGAGCUCGCCCUCAAAGUGUGCAGCUAUGUCUAUCAGCGCCUCAAAAUCAGCACGGAUAUCCAAUUACCCGUCGCAGCCCUUGUCAAGACAUACUCCGAGGCGACAAACGUGUCCGUCUCACAAUUCGGUCUUCUAUACAUCCAGCUCGGUCUGCCUAGACUAAAAUCAGAUCAGGCGAUCGAGACAUUACCCGGAGUCCUACAGUUCUCCAUUCCCAAAGAGGACAGUCAUGAUUCCACCAGUACCAAAAUGUGGAGCAUAGCUUUCGGCUUCCUGCUCGAAAUCCUGCGUCAGUGGAAAUUGCCCGAGCGAGGCAGCAAGGAAGAAAUAGCGCUGAAGGAGACCUUUUCCCUGACACCACCACAGACAGACCAUCUUGCCCGUCGCAUCAACGAUUUCAUCUUCUACGACCCCAAGAAUCCACACACCCAGCCCGAGAAUGCAGACAUCCUAGCAGUAUACAACACGAAUUACAACCGUCGCUCGGAGGUCGUCCCACCGCUAGCCAAAUUCCUGUGCACACCACUGUUCACAGACCAACAACGCUUCAUUCCUGCUGUCAUCAUGUCCGUCGACGCCAAUGCCGCGGCUUUGACCACCAGCGACAUCAUGUUCAAGCAAUUCAAUUUCGACUUCGAAGACGAGCAAAACGUUGACGCCUUGUUCACCCUGUACGAUCGAUCUCGGCCAAAACUGCAGACACGCAUUCUCACACUCCUGUCUCGCAGCCAGAAAUCGACGACCCGUCCCGAAAAAGUCCUGUCUCUGGUUCAAGAACAACUCCAUCCAUCUUCUAUGACCGAUGGCUCUUCAGCAGCAGCAACAGGUCUGGAGGCUGCCAAGCUUCGCAGUGCCCUGUUCUCAUACUUGACGUGGGUGGUCCGCGUGGGCCAACACCUCGGAAACAUCAGCCACCGUGUCCAAGACCUCCUAAAAGAAUACAUCGAAGGACAGGGCUGGCCAGCGAUGACCGAUCGGUCCUCAGCCGCGGAAAUGGAACUUCGCGCCAAGGCAUACGAGAGUAUAGGGUUGCUAGCUGCCGUCAAGAAGGACACCCCUGGGAACGAUCCCGAAGUCAAAGAUCGCACCCAAGAUUUGAUCACAUGGGACGAUGCCGAGACGGAUACUCGUACUCUCGACUUGAUCACGUGGCUAUUUACGAGUCUACGCUGCGACACUACAAGGGACAUUCGAGGGAGUGUCGAAGAGGCUAUUGGCCGCGUCAUGAAUACAGUUACAAACCUCGACGACCAGUCCAUGUCUAGAUUGAAGCAGCUCCUCCUCUGGAACGUGCUGGCAUUGCCUGGCCAGGAAGACCCGAUUUACUACUUCACCACAGUCAACAGCACGCGAUAUCCUGCCGUCAGGUUCGCCAACAAGUGCCUGCCGUUUCAUGAUGUGGAUGCGCGGUUCAUGAACGUUCUCGCAUUGGCGUCUUCAGAUAGAAGAGAAGUCAGCGAAGAAGGUAUCCGAGGGCUCGACCCUUACUGGCACGCAUCUAAUGCACGACUUGUCGGGGUCUCGGCCAGAGAUGAAAAGCUCCUUCUGCCCGACCUGGACCAGCUGGUUACACGGUUCUUCGAAGCAGAGCCAGAGCAGGUGAAAUGUUACGACAGCCAUACUGUCUUAGCUGCUGCCGUGACCUUCUGCCGCAACGUCCUUGUUUGCAAUGCGCUCAGCUCGACGACCCACAAGCCGGAAGAGUCGGCGGACUGGCAUUCAAGCAUUGAUGCUCUCGUCAACAAUGAUCAAGACGUCCGAGUAAAGAUCCGGGGCUACCUGCAAGAACUUGCCUUGGAGCCAAAACUCACGCUGCUCCGCGCAGCGCUGAGCGGUGCAUCGAAAGGCUCAGGAGAAUGUUUAGAGAUCGCCCUGCAGUUAUUGUCCCUUGCACCGAAAGAUGUCCUGCCCUAUUUGGAACAGGCAGGCCUCGAGACCGCUUCGAAGCUAGCUUCCAAUGCAGGUCUUCAGAUACGAGCUGCUCGAAUAUUCGGCAUUCUUGCAUCGACAUCAGAUGACGUCGAAACCCUUGCCAGAACCGAGCUAGAACACUGUCAGAACUGGAAAACAGCCGUAGGAGAAGUAGCGAACAAAUUCCAAGGACAUCUUCUGCGCGCCUGUUUCUGUCUGACGAGAAGGGCGCUCAGAGGUGGUGCAGAACCUGCAGCUUCCAGUCAGCAAAACUUGGUACAGCUCAUUUCCGACAUCGUACAGUCCUCCUCAAACAAGACAUUGAAAGAAACGGCAUUUAGAUGUCUCCGCCAGCUUGCACUAUGUACACCAACGGCGGAAGGACCUUCGGCCAACGAUGAGAUCCUGAAACCCAUGAUGGCUGAAGCGAAGAAGGAGAGCGAAGUCGCUGUCUCGGCUCUUGGCCCACUACUAGGUAUACUGUACACCAAAGGUCAAACAAUAGAGUUCGAAUCACUUUUCGAUCGCAUACUCGCUCUUCAUGAGGUCAAACGCGCGGAAUUUCACUUCGCGUUGGGCGAAUCUUUGGCUGUUGCCUGUGCUGGAUUCCGGUCGUCAUCGACAAUGACAGAAUUUGACGUCGAUGCAGACCUGCCGAGCUGGGGCUUCAACGAAAAAUUGAUGAGUCUCAUUCUCGACCGAGUCGUCGAAGAUUGCAGGACGACCAAACCUUCCCAGAAAAAGGCCGCGGCGAUCUGGCUCUUGUGUAUCAUCCAGUAUUGCGGCGAAGCGGAACCGAUCAAGUCAAAGCUGCGUGACUGUCAAGCCACGUUCGCCAGGCUACUUAAUGAUCGCGACGAGAUUGUUCAAGAGACAGGUUCGAGAGGGCUCAGUCUUGUGUACGAGCAGGGUGACAAGCAGCUUCGGGACGACCUAGUCAGGGACCUUGUUCAGAGUUUCACAGGAAGCAAGGCUAAAAUGUCGGGUAGUGUCAGUGAAGACACCCAGCUGUUCGAAACUGGCGCUCUUCCAACAGAGAAUGGUCAAUCUGUGACCACUUACAAAGACAUAGUGAGUCUUGCCACGGAAAUGGGAGACCCUAGUCUGGUAUACAAGUUCAUGAACCUGGCCUCGAGCAACGCCAUCUGGUCCAGCCGUGCGGCAUUUGGCAGAUUUGGGCUCGGCAAUAUUUUGGCCGACUCGACAUACCUGGCGGAGAACAAGAAGUUCUAUCCCAAGCUCUUCCGGUAUCGAUUCGACCCGAAUCCAAAUGUGCAGCGAUCGAUGAACGAAAUUUGGCGAGCCUUAGUCAAAGACACUUCUGCCGUCAUAAGUGACAACUUCGACCUCAUCAUGGAUGACCUGUUGAAGAGUGUUGUCUCCGGCAAAGAAUGGCGGGCGCGCGAAGCCAGUUGUGCAGCCAUUGCCGAUCUCGUACAGGGUCGAGAGGUCGAGAAAUUCGAAAAGUACCUCGACGACAUCUGGAAAGUGGCCUUCAAGGUGCUCGACGACGUCAAGGAGUCUGUUCGCGCAGCUGCAAUGAAGCUCUGCAGGACGUUGACGAGCAUGUUAAUCCGCAAUCUCGAGACGGGAGAUGGAAACACGAAACGUUCUGCCACUAUGCUCAACCACGCCAUGCCUUUCUUGAUCCAGCAGAUGGAGGGCGGAGCAGGACAAGAUGUUCAGCAGUACGCCAUUGUAACGUUGUUGGAGAUCGUCAAAAAGUGCCCGUCAAAAUCUCUUCGGCCUUACGCACCUCUGAUUUUGGAGACGUUAGUGGUUUCGCUCAGCUCUCUUGAGCACGAGAGUAUCAACUACCUGCAUUUGAAUGCGGACAAGUAUGGCUUGACAACGGAGAAGUUGGACAAGAUGCGAGUGUCCAGCAUCAAUGCAUCGCCUGUCACGGAAGCAAUUGAACGUUGUCUUGACAGCAUCACAACGAACACAGACAGCCCUGAAACCGCCUCCGACGCAAUGGAGGGAGUCACGCCGACGUCGAAAACAAGAGAGAUCUUGCCCCCUAUGGAGGACGCAAUGCAGCGGCUUGUCAAUGCCUACCGGGCUGCCAUCGGGCUACCAUCCAAGGUCGGUCUGAGCAGAGUCAUGAUCACCCUAGUCGUCCGCCACCAAGCUGCAUUCCGACCUUAUGCGGAUAGAUUUGUCCAGGUGACACGAAAGCAUCUUCUUGAUCGUAACGCCACUAUCAGUGUAGCCUUCAGCACAGCCCUGGGGUAUUUGAUGAGAUUGGCUUCGCCAAAAGAGGUCCAAGCCAGCAGCUCGUAUGCGCAGAAGCUAUACUUCGAGUCACAGGACCUGGUUCACCGAUCCGUGGCUGGAGAGAUGAUACAAGCCAUAUCGAAAGCAUCCAAUGACGUCUUCAUGAAUUCGGCCUCUAUCUUUCUCCCGUUCGCGUUCAUUGGCCGGCGAGACACAGACAAGGAAGUCGCAGAACGUUUUGAUGUUCCCUGGAAAGAAAACAUUGGUGGCUCACGAUCGGUCAAUCUCUACCUGAGCGAGAUAGUGGGUUUGAUAUCAACACAUAUCAAAUCGCCUCUUUGGCCGAUCAAACAUGCUUGCUGCUUCGCGGUUGCCGAGCUGGUGUCGAUCAUGGAAAACAACGAGAAGUACUCGGACAAAAGCGCGACUAUUGUCUGGUCGGUAGUUCAAGAAGCGCUGGACGGUAAGACCUGGGAAGGCAAAGAAGAUAUCAUCAAGGUCUACCCAAAGUUUGUGCGGCAAGCUCAAGUGUUGUGGAGCGACAACAAGGUCAGCCAGCAAAUGAGGAAGAUUGCAAUUCGUGAAGCCAAACGUACGAAUGUCUCCUAUCGACCUCAUGCGAUAGGAUCGCUCGGCGAGUUUGCCGACGUCAGGAAGGAUAUGGAUUUGACCGGCGACCUGAUACCAUACUUGAGUGACACCCUAGAUGAAGUGACCGACGAGGAUGCCAUGGACGUUGACGGGGCUAAUGGUAAGACUUUCGAAAAAAGGACUGUCAAUGAAGUCACGGCAAGCGCAAUCGUUUCAUGCAUGUUCAAAAUCCUAGCUUCACAUCCCGAAACCGAAGUUCUGGACCAGACUAUUGCAAUUGUGCGAAAAGCGCAAGCCACUCGAUCAAGCGAAGUCGACUCAGCACUAUACACAGGCGCGAAAUUCUUCGUUGACAAUUGUGGGAAACAAGCAGACGUUGCUGGUGUGGACAGUGAAAUGAAAGGCAUUAACAAGGAAAAUGCCUCAGCCUCAGAUGUCGCACCAGCCUCAUCAAAGGGAGAUUCGGCAGGAAGCGGGGACGGGCAACGCCUGCAUGAGCCAUUUGAGCCACUCGUUUUGGCGGUACUCGCCGGUGACGAUGCCCGCCAAGCUAAUGAGACGGAAAAUCUGCGCAGGGACCGUGUGGCUUUGGCGGUGGCCCUGGCCGAAAGAGGGCCCCGGGUAUCAGUACCGUUAGCGGCGAUCCUUGACAAUUGGAGUCAGACCGAACGGUCUAGACCUUUACGUGAAGACAUCGACCGCGCCCGGCUCUUGACCAAGAGAAACCACUAG